CGCAACAAGUCAAAACAGUGGCGCUGGUGUGGGAGCAGCCGGCGCUGGUCUGUCGGGGUUGGUGUUAGGGGUAGUGGAGGAGGAGGAGGAGGCGGUGGAAGGAAACUGGUUGCUCGUCGUGGCGGCGUCAGCGACUAGCCAUGGAGUCCCCAGAGAUGGUGUUCACACUUGCCUACCUCCUUUUUUGUGUAUGCUUCUUGCUAACCCCCACGGAGUUCCGCUCGGCGGGAAUCACGGUGCAAGGGCUCUUCUCGGGGUGGCUGGGUAGUGAGGAUCUCGACUUUGUGCGCUACCAUACACGGCGCACCACCACCACCAUGGUUGUGCAUGCCCUCCUGCCUCUUGGUUACUACAUCGGAAUGGGCUUCACUGUACCAAAAGCACAACUAUUUUACUUCCACAAGGCCAGUGACAGCUGGAGGAUGUACCUGCUCGUCUCCCUCAUCGUGCCUGCUUGCUUGGGCACGCUGGGAUAUUUUUGGUCACGGAAUGGCUGGGGAAACCAUCCACUUGCACGGGCGCUUGCCCGCCAUGUUUCCUCUUCCAUGAGUUGGCGCACUGCUGCUGUGUCGCUUAACACAGAGUUCCGACGCAUUGACAAGUUUGCUACGGGUCCUCCGGAGGCAAGAGUCAUUGUCACAGAUUCUUGGGUGGUGAAGGUGACUCCUUACAAAGUGAACGUGGCUCAGCAGCGCGAUAUACACCUGACGUUGACCGAGUCACGACAGCACUCGCUGUCGCCUGAAACAAGUUCUGCCAUUCAGUUCCUCACCAUACGCGUGGUCAGCAUCACCCCAGGCGUGCCAGCUUUCGAUAUUAGGUUGAACUCGACAGAGUAUGGAGAACUGCGAGAGAAGUUGCAUGCCCCAAUACGCAAUGCUCGCAACGUGGUCAUCCACCAAACGCUCAGCGACCUCUUCCUGGAGGCUUUUAAGACUCAAGUGGAGCUCAAUGACUGCUACUACAUGCCAGUCGGACAGCCGCAGGAGACAGAGCCAUGCAUCGGAUGCAUGCAGGUGCCAGCCACCGUGAAGCUGCACAAACAGUGCGAUGGGAACGCCGAGGGAGAGUGUCAGACUUGCUUCUGCCGUCCCAUGUGGUGCCUCACGUGCAUGGGCAAGUGGUUUGCCAGCCGGCAGGACCAGCAGCACCCGGAGGUGUGGCUCUCGAGCCGAGCGCCCUGCCCCACGUGCCGCGCCAGGUUCUGCAUCCUUGACGUGGCUCUCGUACGAUAACCGCACGCUUGUAAACGUUUGGUCCAGUGUUAUUUUGAGCAUCUCGGGCACAAAUGUUUCCGGAUCUUAAAUGCAAUUGAUGGAUUUUUUUUAUAUUUUGAAAAUUGAAAACACUGACCCCAACCCCCUCUUCCUACUUCGAGGAAAAUAAAAAUGCAAAAAAAAGUUUAAAAGAUCUCUUGUACAUUUCUUGGACAAAGUGGGUGAAAAUGUAAAGCAUCCAUCUGGCUUUGUUAAACGUUUACUUUGUUUAAAAAUAAAUAAAUCAGUCUACGUUUACUAAUACUGUCUUGCUGU